AAUGUCUAAAGGAAAAGUUUGUUUAGCAUACUCUGGUGGUUUGGAUACCUCCGUCAUCUUGGCCUGGUUAUUGGAACAAGGCUAUGAAGUCAUUGCCUUCUUGGCCAACAUUGGUCAAGAAGAAGACUUCGAGGAAGCUGAAAAGAAGGCAUUGGCCAUCGGUGCUACCAAGUUCGUUGUUGUUGACGUCAGAAAGGAAUUUGUGGAACAAGUCUGUUUCCCAGCCAUUCAAGCCAACGCUAUCUACGAAAACGUCUACCUCUUGGGUACCUCCUUGGCCAGACCAGUCAUUGCCCAAGCUCAAAUCAAGGUUGCUGAAGAACACGGCUGUUUCGCUGUUUCUCACGGUUGUACCGGUAAGGGUAACGAUCAAGUCAGAUUCGAAUUGUCUUUCUACGCCUUGAAGCCUGACGUUGUCGUCAUUGCUCCAUGGAGAGACCCUGAAUUCUUCAACAGAUUCGCUGGUAGAAACGACUUGUUGGAAUAUGCUGCUUCCAAGAACAUUCCAGUUGCUCAAACCAAGGCUAAGCCAUGGUCUACCGACGAGAACUUGGCUCACAUCUCUUUCGAAGCUGGUAUCUUGGAAAACCCAGACACCACUCCUCCAAAGGACAUGUGGAAGUUGACUGUCGACCCAACCGAUGCCCCAGAAACCCCAGAAGACUUCUCGGUUGUCUUUGAAAAGGGUUUGCCUGUCAAGUUGGUCCUUGACGGUGGUAAGAAGGUUGUCACCGACCCAGUCGAAUUAUUUAUCGAAGCCAACGCUUUGGCCAGAAGAAACGGUAUUGGUAGAAUUGAUAUCGUUGAAAACAGAUUCAUUGGUAUCAAGUCCAGAGGUUGUUACGAAACCCCAGGUUUGACCAUCUUGAGAAACACUCACGUCGAUUUGGAAGGUUUGACCUUGGAUCGUGAAGUCAGAGCCAUCAGAGAUCAAUUCGUCACUGUCACUUACUCCAAGUUGUUGUACAACGGUAUGUACUUCACUCCAGAAUGUGAGUAUGUCAGAUCCAUGAUUCCACCAUCCCAAAAGACCGUUAACGGUGUUGUCAGAGCCAGAGCUUACAAGGGUUCUUUGACUAUCUUGGGUAGAUACUCUGACACUGAGAAGUUGUACGAUGAAACCGAAUCUUCUAUGGAUGAGUUGACCGGCUUCUCUCCAGAAGACACUUCUGGUUUCAUUGCUGUCCAAUCUAUCAGAAUCAAGAAGUACGGUGAAGCUGCUAGAGAAAAGGGAACUACUUUGGAGUUGUAAGAGUAAUUAAUGGAUAAUGUAAAUAUAUGAUAAUUAGACAAGUCGUAGACAGGCCCCAUAGACUUUAAUUUCAACAAUAGUUGUGGUA